AUGAAGACAAUCCUCUUUCUCCUUGCUGUUUUCCUCCUUUUGGCCCCAGCCAGGAAUAUGUUUUUUCAUCGGAAAUGCUCCAACCUGAAAGGGAGAUGUGCGGAAUCUUGUCAGAAAAAUGAAGAGCUCAUUGCUCUCUGCCAGCGGGCUCUGAAAUGCUGCCUCAUCCUCCAGCCCUGUUCCAACAGCGACAAUGA